AUGUGGAUUCUCCCCCUGCUGGGCUACGCCGGCGCCAUCCUCGGCUUCUGCUUCCUGACGCUGUCCAUCGCGUCCGGGCUUUACUACCUUUCGGAGCUUGUGGAGGAACAUACCGUCUUGGCAAAGCGGCUGCUUACACGCCUGAUUCAAAUCAUCAUCGGCGUGCAGGUGGUGCUAUGGCUAAUUGACGGCUUCCCCUUCUGGGCGACCGUUUUGGGUAUUGUGUCGCAUGUCGUCUACCUGGGCAACAUGAGGAGGUUUCCUUAUGUGCAGCUCACUGACCCGCUGUUCCUGCUGUCGUGUGUGUUGGUGUUGCUCGAUCAUUAUGUGUGGUUCCGACACUUCGCCGACAGCCAAGCGCGCGCUUACAACCGAACCUCGUACUAUGAGCAGGUGGACGUCCCGACGUUCACCAUGAUUGCGUCAUACUUUGGCCUGUGCGUUUGGCUGGUGCCAUUUGCGCUGUUUGUGAGCUUGUCUGCGGGCGACAAUGUGCUGCCUACAAUGGGCACGGAGCCUGUUCGUGGCAUGGAGGGCAAAAGCAAGCCUCAGGGUAUGGUCAAGGCCGUUGUCGACUGGGUUCGCGGCUUGAUCGGGGAUAUGGCUGGGUCCGGAAUGGACCGGCCAUAA